AUGCCUAAGGCUGUGGAUGGCGUGAUGAUCGACGCAACGUCUGUGGGCGAUAUGAUCAUCGGCGCAGCGAGUUCUUCAACCGAGCCCCCCGCUGUGGAUGGCGUGAUGCUGGACGCAGACACGCCUGAUAAUAGUAUCGUGUCCCACCGAAUGAGGCGGCGACCAUGCUCUCAUGGUUGCGGCUGGACGGCUUACAAGGCACAUGAGACGUGCUGCAAGCAGUGCCGCGGAAUGUUCGGACCUCACAGCAGUGAUUGUGCCUUGAAGAACAAGAGAUCCAUCCGACAGAAGAAGCACAUGUUGCGAGGGAAUGACUAA